UUUAAAACCUGGGAUCUUUUGCAUGCCAGGCGGGUGAGUGGACUGUCCCCUGCCUGAAAUGGUGGAUGGCCACUCUCAGUCUCUGCAGAGCCAGGUGGGGCAAGGGCAGGAUUUAGUGUACGGCAGCUUCCUAAGUUUCUAACUGAUUUGUCUAGAGUGGCUGUUUCCACCAGCCGACCUCUGUUGAGAUAAGCUUUGUGUGUGGCACACGGCAGGCAUGGUUUUCCCUUCCACUAGGGAAUGAGAAAUCUAAGGAAUGCAUGAAAAGAGAAGCGGGAGGUCAGUCAGUGAUACUGGAAGGUGAUACUUUUCUCAGUUGAAGCAGGUCACACGCCUAUGGAGGCUUGAAUGGUGCUUGCUGGCUCUUUCUCCAUCAGUACCUUUUUGUUCCUUGCCUGGGAUUUGCUGGGCACUUACAUGCCUCCUCGCCUGGCUCCAUGCAGAGCCCAUGGGAAUUUGGACAGGGUGGUACAGACAUCGCCGACAGAGACCACGAUCGCUGACUAUCCCUUUCAGUGAGGUCUUAUGACUAACACCCCACUUCUUGAUAUAUUAAAGAAGCGGGUAGACCCAACACACGACACCGGUCUCAGCUGAAACAAAGAGAAAGGCAUUGCACUGCAAUCCGAAGGAAACUGCGACUUGAGACCAUCUUUCGGCAGAUCUGCCUUCAUGCUGCUCUUUUCCAUCACUACCCUCCUUCUGUCGCUUGGUUCCUCGAACGUUGGAGGCUGCGAGCACAACCAUGAACCACAGAACCUGAACACGGAGUUUGCCCUCGCUCUCUACCAACGCUGGGCAGAGCGCAACCACGGAACCAACCUCGCCAUUUCCCCAGUGAGCGUGUCUCUUUCUUUGGGGCUUCUGCAGUUUGGGGCACAAGGGAGGACACUGGCCCAACUGCAGCAUGCUCUGGGAUACAGCACUCAGGAUCAGGACGUUCAAGACUUCCUGCACACUGUGUACAGAGAAGUGACCAACUCAAGCCAAAGCCCUGCUGUAGCACAGCUGGCGUGUGCCCUCUUUGUUCAAGCCGGAACGCAUCUUUUGCCGCCAUUUGUUCAGCAUGCCGCACUCUGGGCAAACAACACAGUACACCAGGCUAACUUCAGUGAGCCUAACAGGACCGCGGCUCAGAUAAAUGAAUGGUUUGCCACAAGCACUGGAGAUGGAGAAACAAGUUACCUAUCUUUGGAAACUCUUGAUUCCCCGCUUAACCAGAUAGCUGUAGUGAGCGUGAUGUCCUUCAAAAGCACUUGGCAAAGGAAAUUCACCUUCACAGAUACUCAGACCUUGUCCUUUACAACCACAGAGGGCCUCAUCCUGAAAGUGCCUACUAUGUAUCUCAGCGCAGAAGUCAACUAUGGUGAAUUCCUACUGGACUCUCUGGAGCGGGUCAGUGUGGUUGAAUUGCCCUAUCUGGGGGAGGCAGUCAGUAUGUUUGUGGUGCUUCCAUCUGACAGGAGAACACCUGUAGCUGAGAUUGAGAGAUACCUUUCAGCCCGAAAUUUCCCGCUGUGGUCCAACAGCCUGAGAAGAACAAAGAUGGACCUAUUUCUCCCCAGGUUCAGAAUCGAAAACCACUUGGACCUGAAAAUGGUUUUGCCUACCUUAGGAAUUACAGACAUGUUUGAUCCCGCUAUGGCCAAUUUUAAAGGGAUUUCAGAACAAGAGCAUCUUUAUAUCUCAGAAGCUACCCACAGAGCAAGGAUUGAAGUGACGGAAGAUGGAACAAAGGCCUCAGGCACUACAGCUAUGGUGUUGCUAAAACGAUCCCGUGCUCCUGUCUUCAAAGCUGAUAGACCUUUUAAUUUUCUCCUUAGGCAAGGCAGAACAGGUUCAAUUCUGUUUAUAGGAAGACUUACAAAUCCCAUUGAGUGAACUUGUCCUAUCCAUGUUUCCAUAUAUCUGCAUUCCCAUGAAAUAAAAAAGCAUUAAUAGGACGUUUUAAGUGUUGUGACUAUCAAGGGGAAGUUAUGUGAAACGUAUGGCUGUAAAUAAAAAGAGAUGCUUUUUGCCA